AGUUUAAUAUGGGCGCCGUCUGGAAGAGAAUAGCAUCGGGCUGGCAGCUUGUUCGCUGCAUCAGCUAAAUCUGGUGGCGCGGCCGCGGCGUCGAGGCAGGGCAAUAAGGUCGCCGUCGCCACCGCCGUCGCCACCGCCCAUAUCAACAAUUCGCUUGCUGCUGCUGAGUCCGUUCAGGGUGGCCGAGGGGGAGGAGAAGGAGGAGGCGGCCGAGCAGAGCAGCAGCGCGCCGGGGACAAAGAUGGCGGAUUUGUACGCCAAGUACAACUGCACCUACUGCCAGGAGGACAUAUCUGGCCUCCGAGUCAAAUGCGUCGAGUGCACGGACUUCGACCUCUGUCUGCAGAAACGGUAAUGGCGCCAAAACUCUGCAACGUACCUAUAACUUGUAACGAGUGCAUGAAUACCACCAUGAAUCCCUAUGGAAAAUGCUUCUCGGCUGGUGCUGAGAUAGGGCAGCACAAAAAUGACCAUUCCUAUCAAUUCAUGGAUUCUGGCACAAUCAGCAUUUUCAAUGGCAGAGGAAACUGGACCGCCAUGGAACAUCUUAGAUUACUUGAUGCCAUCGAACAAUUUGGUUAUGGAAAUUGGGAGGAUAUUAGUAAACACAUUGAAACUAGGUCACCGGAAGAGGCAAAGGAUGAAUACAUCGCCAGGUAUCUUGAGGGAAACAUCGGAAAGUAUACAUGGCCACCAACAGAUGCCUACACCCCGAAUCUUAACGACCAAACAGAAUCGGAUCAUGGUCCACUGUCACCCGACUUGACGUCGCGUCUCCCCCCUCUAGAUAUUACACCCGAAGAAGCUAGUCAGAUUGGUUACAUGCCACAGAGAGAUGACUUUGAACACGAUUAUAACCAUGAAGCCGAAUCCCUCGUGUCAUCGCUGUUUUUGAAUCCAGCAGAAGAUGACGAUCUCGACAUAGCUUUAAAACUUGCGCAAGUUGACAUGUACACAAAUAAUAUCCGAGAAAGAGCCAGGAGAAGACGAGUUGUAAGAGAUUACCAGUUAGUUUCGGCCUUUUUUGCAGCUUCGCGCAAAGAAAAGUGUGUCAAGAAAAAACAGACUAAAGAAGAAAAAGACUUCAGAGAACGCAUGCGAGUUUUUGCUCAGUUCUACACUGCCCAAGAAUAUGAACAGUUUUUAACUAAUCUUGAAAAAGAGCGAGAAUUGCGAUUACGACUUUCAGAAUUGUUCCGCUACCGUGAAAAUGGUAUCACAAAACACGAAGAGUGUUCCCAUUUUGAACAAGUCCUAGCUCAAGCUCAAGGCCAAACAGAUGUAGAUCACUGGUCGGAUAAAAAAUCUGGCAGCAGUGGGUCAUCCAAAACAAUCCUCCGCCAAACCUCAAGAAGAAGAGACGACGAAAAAAGUUACUUUUUCACCGACCGAAAAUCCACUAUAAAAACCGACUCGGCCAGCAGCAGUUCCUCUACCAACAGUCGGACGAUGACUCCAACCAAUCACUGGGUGGAGUUGGAUAGCAAUUCGAACAUGUCCAAUCAACUAUCAUCUAAUUUAACUUCAUUCGAGAGAGGCAACAAUUCUUGGAAUUUGGGAAAACCAGUUACUCAAGGAGAAAAUGAAGUAAGAGACGUAGAUGCCGAAGCUGCAGCGCAUCUCCUCACAAAACAAGAAAAAUCGUUAUGUCUUCAACUGGAUCUCAAACCAACACAGUAUCUUACACAGAAAGCACUCUUACUUCAGGAAUAUUUAAACGGUAACAAAAAAUCAAAUAUCACUCCUCAGUCAGAACCAGAAAGUAAAAUACUUCAUUACCUAGUUUCUAAUGGUUGGAUCAUUGCAAAUUGACUUGUUAGUGUGAAAUGCAAAAUUUAGAUUCUAAACUAGUUUACAAACAUAAUAUAGUUAAAUCCAGUCUAUGUACAAUUUUUCCAAGUUGCCAGAUUGCAUUGAAAUUAGGUAGUUUUUAUUAUAUAAUAUUGACAAAUAUCUUACUAAUCCAUUGAUUCUGCUGAAAAAAGUCUGAUCUUUACUUACUUUGUUUAAUUAUUAAUAGUUCGAUACAAAUAUUUGUGCAAUAAAGUUAACUUGAGUGAUUUGAGAAAAGUAAUUUUAGAUCUGUAAUGAAGCAAUUUUAAACAUUUAAAAUUCUUAUUAAAAAUAAGAUCACGAUUUUGAAUAAUCCAUGUAUAUCUUGCUGUAUUGUUCACGAUAAAGUGUUGAUGCAAUUAUUCGCUGACUUGUAACGUAAAGUAGUGACACGAGUGUAAGAUACUUGCUAGAGAGAAGCAUAAUGGAUUUGUCACGUUGUUGCCUCUUCGAAAAAAGUGCACUGAUAAGUGUAGCAUAGCAUUGUAAAUAUUUAUACAUAUUACUCGAGUCGAUUGAACUGCAACUUAAUUUAUGCUAUUUAAAAAAAUUUUUUUUUACAAUUAGGUUUAUUUUUGUUAAUCUCAGUACUCUUUAUGGCGUGAUGUAAAAAUUUAAUUUGAGUGUGAAAAUACGCCAGAAGAAUACAAAGGAUUAAUCCAACGAGUAAAGCAGCAGCUUUAUCUUUCUGUAAAUAUAGUUGAGAA